AUGGCACUUCAACAGGUGAGAGGCACGCCAACCACCAUUCAAGAAGAGCGCGCGUACCCGUGGCCCGACACAGACGACAAGGGACCCAUCUACGCGAGCAUGCUGCCAGCCGCAGGUGCGAGCAUCUUCGAAGAUGACGACGCGGACUACCUGAUGAUCGACAGCGGCGCAGGCAUCACUACUUGUCCCAUGGUGUUCGCAGAGGCUGAACCGCAGGGCAGUAGCAACUGGAUUGCGCCGAAGAACUUGCCACCGCUUGAGGCCGCGACAGGGCAGUCGAUCAUCCACACAGGCGUGUGCGAGGUCAACGCCAUUGCGACGGCGCUCGACCAGCAGCAGGAGAUCUUCCAGAUGAGGUUCCAGAUCACGAACGUUAAGUGCCCGAUCGUGGCGCAGCUGAAUUUGCUGGAGGCAGGCUUCGUUCCCAAAUACGGGUUGUACUCGAGCGUGCUGGAGGCGCCGAGCGGACGGAUCUUCCCAGUGGCGCAGCAGGACCGCACCCGGUACAUGAAGAUGAAGCGCGUGGUCACAGCCAGCGGGCCAGCAGUCACGAUCGCCCCACUACGACAGCCAGCUGUCUGGUUCGACUACUCGUUCCCAGGAAUGAAGGGCACCGAUGAUAUGAUGACGCUGCUGGUCUGCCUGGACUUCGAGUCGUCGGCUAUCGAGAGUGCGAACGUCGUGGGGAAGGGCGCGGUGGAUUACGGCAUCAAGGUCCUGGUGCAGGCGGUGCAGCACUGGGGCCGCAAGCGCGCGGUGGCGUCGUGUGACCAGGAGAACGCGAUCACGGUCGGCCCAAGGCUCGAGUCCAAGUCCAAGGGUCUGAUCGAGGCGGCAGGAGGCAGAGUCCAGCCGCUCAUUCGCACACUCGCGCACACCGCCAACGCACACUACAAUGUGGAGCUGAAGCCAAGCGAGCCGAUCAGCAGUUGGUUGGCCAGGCACGCAGGCUGGAUCCUCACGAGGUUUACCGUUAGAGAAGAUGGGCUGACACCGCAUCGUCGGCUCAAAGGACGAGAUUACCACGGUCAAAUCGCAGAGUUCGCGGAGACCGCGAUGCACAAGUUACCCCGAGGACCCGCUGGGAAGAUGGGAGCCAGUUGGGACAAGGGCAUCUGGCUCGGCAAGGUGAACGUCAGCGAUGAGCACAUGAUCGGCGCACCACGGGGGCGGGCCUUUGCGAGAUCGAUCGCCAGGAGGCCCGACGAGAAUCGGUGGAACAAGAACCUCUUCCGCCAGAUCACCUGCACACCUGUCGACCCGAAGGCAACGCUGCCGGCGCAGGAGGCCGUGAACAGGCCGAGGUACCUGACCAAGGGGAGUCUCAACCGGUUGGGUCGGGCACUUGGCUGCCCAGCUUGCGACCAGACGGGCCAGCACCACACUACGGAGUGCACAGCCAGACUGGGGGCGUUGCUGGGCGCGGAGGACAUUGCGAAGGGCCUGGCAGCACAGGAGGAAAGCGCUGAGAUGAUGGUGCAGGACCCCGCGGAGAUUACCGAAGGAGUGAAGCGACAGGUCUCAGAGAAGGAAGAGAAGCCCGAGAGCAAGAAGGCGCGCGUAGUCGGCGGGCUGGCCGUCAACGCCACGUCAAUGGAACUGCGCGCGGUGGACCUUGGCGAGUACGCCGCGGAACCGCACGAGGAGAAGGAUCUUUCCAACGUCGAGGGCGCGCUCUCUGGACAGCUGCUUCCAGCAGAGAAGGUCCGAGAGGGAAGAGCUCGAGAGCGCGCCAAGAUGAAAGGGCAUGGAGCGUUCAAGCGGGCUCACGUCACGGAGGCGAAUCGCAAGCGCGCGAGGGGAAAGUGGUUGCAGGACUGGAAGGUGGGCACUGACACUGCGCGGUGCACGUUCGUGGCCAUGCAGUUCGCCAGGCUGGCACUGGUGCCGGCAGCGACGUUCAGGAGCCACAUGAAAGUCUACCUGAUAAGGCUUUGGGAUAUCAGCAACGCGUUCUUCCACUCUGAGAUGGAUGAUGACGUGUGCGUGGUGCCGCCCUCAGGUGAGGAGGAGCCGAAUGUAGUUUGGCAGUUGCGGAAGGCGCUGCAUGGGACAAGGAGAGCGAGCAAGCUGUUCCAGCACAAGGUCAUUGCGACGUUGACCGAUCAGGGCUUCAUCCGCAUGUCGGCGACGGUGACGGUGUUUUACCACGUCCAGAAGGGCAUCUACAUCGUGGUGCACGGAGACGACUUCAUGGCCGUGGGGACGCAUGAUGACCUGAGGUGGCUUAACAAGAUCCUGGAGGCGAAGUUCGAGGUGAAGCGGUCGCCGUUCGCGGGCCCACAGAGGCUGGAGGUGGCGACGUCUGGCCAUUUCCUGAAGAGGACGGCUAGCUGGACAGAGAAGGGUUUCCACUGGGAGAGCCCGGCUUCCAAGAGCAUCGGGAAGGAGGUGCCAACGGCGUUGGACAAGCUGGGGCACGCGGAGAAGAAGCUGUUUCAGUCGGCGGCGCCGACGGCACUGCACCUGGCAGCAGACAGACCUGACAUCCAGUUCGCGACGAGCUGGAUCAUGCGCGGGACGCAGGAGCCACUGGUGCUCCACGAGCUGAAGCUGAAGCGGUUGGCUGCCUACUUAGCGACGCACCCGCAGAUGAUGUGGAACUUUGAGUAUCAGGAGUUACCGAGCGAGUUGACCAUCGUGACGGACUCGGACUGGGCUGGAGAUGAAGUGACGCGCAGGAGCCGCGGUGGAGGUUUCGAGUACGUCGGCAAGGCGCGCAUCGACAGUUGGGCGGGUCAGCAGGCGACGCGUGCGCUGAGCAGUGGAGAAGCUGGGUACGCGGAGAUGACUAACGGCGCUGCGCGGGGGAUCUUCACGAAGAACCUGUUCGAGGAGAUGGGCAUCAAGAUGACGGUGGCGGUGCGUGGCGACAGCACCGCCGCCAUCGGGACAUGUUCGAGGCUGGGUGUCGGACGAAUCAGACACCUGGACGUGAAGCACCUGCGGUUGCAAGAGAAAGUGGCCGAGAAAGAAGUGCGCACCGCGAAGGUGCCGACGGCAGAGAACGCAGCGGAUCUGAUAACGGAGGCUCUGGAUCCCGCUCGUCAUCACGAGCUUGUGAAGAGGCUGCCCAUGACCUAG